GGAGUCGAACCGUCGCAGGGUGUGCCUGGCCCUACUCAACGCCCGGCAGUUCUUGCCGUCGCCGCCGCCCUCGGCCACUGCCGAGGCUUCACGCAACCGCCAUGUCCGCCAGUGCCGUCUACGUGUUGGACUUGAAGGGCAAGGUGCUCAUCUGCCGGAACUAUCGAGGUGAUGUGGACAUGUCGGAAGUGGAGCACUUCAUGCCCAUCCUGAUGGAGAAGGAGGAGGAGGGGAUGCUGUCGCCCAUCCUGGCCCAUGGGGGUGUCCGCUUCAUGUGGAUCAAGCACAACAACCUGUAUUUGGUCGCCACUUCCAAGAAGAAUGCAUGUGUGUCACUGGUAUUCUCUUUCCUCUAUAAGGUGGUACAGGUGUUUUCAGAGUACUUCAAGGAGCUGGAGGAGGAGAGCAUCCGCGACAACUUUGUCAUCAUCUACGAGCUGCUGGAUGAGCUCAUGGACUUUGGCUACCCCCAGACCACAGACAGCAAGAUUCUGCAGGAGUACAUCACUCAGGAAGGCCACAAGCUGGAAACGGGGGCCCCGCGGCCCCCAGCCACUGUCACCAACGCAGUGUCCUGGCGGUCUGAGGGCAUCAAGUACCGGAAGAACGAGGUGUUCUUGGACGUCAUCGAGUCUGUCAACCUCUUGGUCAGUGCCAACGGCAACGUCCUGCGCAGCGAGAUCGUGGGUUCCAUCAAGAUGCGGGUCUUCCUCUCAGGCAUGCCCGAGCUGCGCCUGGGCCUCAACGACAAGGUUCUCUUCGACAACACGGGCCGCGGCAAAAGCAAGUCAGUGGAGCUGGAGGACGUGAAGUUCCACCAGUGCGUGCGGCUCUCCCGCUUCGAGAAUGACCGCACCAUCUCCUUCAUCCCGCCCGACGGCGAGUUCGAGCUCAUGUCCUACCGUCUCAACACCCACGUCAAGCCCUUGAUAUGGAUUGAGUCAGUGAUUGAAAAGCAUUCCCACAGCCGCAUCGAGUACAUGAUCAAGGCCAAGAGCCAAUUCAAGCGGCGGUCAACGGCCAACAACGUGGAGAUCCACAUCCCUGUGCCCAAUGAUGCCGACUCGCCCAAGUUCAAGACAACGGUGGGGAGCGUCAAGUGGGUCCCUGAAAACAGCGAGAUCGUGUGGUCCAUCAAGUCCUUCCCAGGCGGCAAGGAGUACCUGAUGCGGGCCCACUUUGGCCUGCCCAGUGUGGAGGCUGAGGACAAGGAGGGCAAGCCCCCGAUCAGCGUCAAGUUCGAGAUCCCCUACUUCACUACCUCCGGCAUCCAGGUGCGCUACCUGAAGAUCAUUGAGAAGAGCGGUUACCAGGCCUUGCCGUGGGUCCGUUACAUCACUCAGAAUGGAGAUUACCAACUCCGGACCCAGUGAGGGGUCAGUGCCCAGCCCUGGUGCAGGGGCUCCUGGGAAAGCACUGGAAGGCCUGCCAAGCCCGUCGGAAGGAGGACACCCCGACACUGGCCACCAUCCCGGCUCUGCCGGGAGACCCCUCCUCCUCUGGACAUACCUGCUCUGCCGUCUCCACACUUGUCUCCGAAGCCCCUUCUCCCAGAAGAGGCUCGUCUUCCAGAUGUCCUGUCUCCUUGCCCCGAGUCCGCCUGGGGGAGGGAAGCAAAGUCUUUCCCCAGAGGCCACGGGCAGCCUCGGGGCUGCGUCGUCCCAGGCACCAAGAACAUCAGAAACGCCCAGGCCGCUGCGGGGCACGUGUUGGCCGCCUUGCCGUUCCGUUGGUCGUGUGUUUCCUGAGUGUCUCUGGGGUUUUGUCGUCUUCCUCGUUGCUGUUCACGUGAACCUUGCUGUCUGCUCCUCCUGCUCCUCGCCCUGAAGCUCAGGCAGCACUUAGUGGGGACAGGAGCCCUCCCCUGCCUCCUUCCACACGGCGCAUCCUCCACUUGGGGCCAGAACCCCAGCACUUUGGCCCCUUGGGGCUCCUGGCCUGGACCCACAGGCUUCGAUGAGGUGCCUCCCAGGGCUAACCUGUGCCACACAGUGCUGUCGCUCAGCCACAUCAGUGUUUGUCCACCUGGGGAGGUGGUGCAGUGAGGGCCACUGGCCUCAGAGGACACAGGUCAUCCAUACCUGUGCUUGGUCACCCCUCCCCUGUCUGUGUUUGUGUCAUAAUUAGAUUAAAUUUCAUUCAUUAAACCCUG